CGAGCCAAAGCAGAGUUCAGACUCGAGCCAAGGCAGAGUGGCAGAAAGAGAAAAACCCUCGCCACAACGACUCACAUCUGCUUCUCCUCCGGCGCCGUCGAGGCGGAAGCCACUCGACGCGAUGCCUUCCUCCCCCGCCCCAUCCCCCGUCGUCGUCCUCAGCGACGACGAGAGCGGCGACGACGGCGCCGCAUCCGGCUCGCCCUCGAGGUCCGCCGCCAAGCGCAUCGCCUCCACCCUGACCACCCAGGCCGCGGUCGACGCCCUCUGCAAGAACCACGACGUGCCGAGGGGGUUCGCCGCGCGCCCCGCCGGCGAGCUGCGCGCGUGCAGCGCGCCUCCGCGGGGGUCCGUCUGCGUGUACGCCCACAUGCUGGAGACCGGGGUGCGCUUCCCGCUGCACCCCUUCUUCUGCGACGCGCUCAACCACUUCGGCCUCGCGCCGGGCCAGCUCUCCAUAAACGGGUGGCGCGUCCUGGUGGGGUUCGUGGCGAUCUGCCACGAGGCCGGCGUGCCGCCGUCCAUGGUUCUGUUCCGGCACUUCUUCAAGCUGUACAACCGGAACGACUGGUACUACUUCCGCUGCAGGGCGUUCGCCGGAGUGCUCUUCACUGGCACGAGCUAUUCGCAAUCUGAGAGGGAGUGGAAAGGGGCUUUCUUCUUCCUGACGUCGCCGGAGUCAUGGCGCUGCCCUGUGCGCUGGGGCGAGCCGCCGUACAAGAGCUCCGCCGCAGGUCCGGCGCUCACGAGCCACCAGAAGCAGUCGGCGGAAAAGCUGCUAGCCGUACACGGCACAGCGCGUGAUCUCCGGGCUUACCUCCGGCAGACGGAUCUUGCUGCGGCCUUGUCCGCGGACCUCGCCGGCGCACCGCCACCACCUCAGCCUUCUCCCCGUUCUACUGUUGCCAAAGGGGUGGAUCCACCCGUCGGCGACAUGACUGACAAAAUGCCAGUGGAGAAGACGGCGGCGCCGGCGGCACGGACGGAGCAGGUGAAAAGCGAGGCGCACGGCGACACGCUUCCCAUGUCCGGGAAGAAGAGGAGACGGGAGGAGGGGACUGCAACAAACGGGCAUCAUUGCGCCGCCCCAGAGACGGGAGGAGAGAAGCUACAAGGAAAGAGAGGGAGAAUAGAUAAUAGAAGCUACGGGGAACACUACCUCAUCUUCUUCCCAUGGCGAUAUUUUGUGUUUGAACUCGAGGUUCAAGGUGCCACAAAGGACACAAAAGCGAAAAACUACAUGCCACCAAACCGGUGGCAGUCAUUUAAACAUAACAAGGUCUAG